AUGUUUUCUGACAAUCCCAAACAAUGGCUAGAAGAGAGCAUUCACGAAGGACAUAUCCAACAUUAUCAAGACGCAGAUUUGUUGGACCGCACUGUAAUUGCUACUAGAGGAUUUGUCGUUGUGUACAAAGCAUUGGUGAGACAUUCUGGAACUCCUGUUGCAAUAAAGUCGCUCGACACAAGACAGGAAGAAGCAUAUUAUGAGCAACUUGUUAAAGAGCCAAUUCUCACUUUAUUAUUGUAA